AUUUCAGAUAUAAUGUAAAAUCCUCGAAAAAAUUAACGACGAUAUUUUUGGCGGGAAAAAAUGAAAGUCAAAGCUCUGUACAGCUGACAUUUAAUAAAUUACCAAUAUGCUGUUCACACUGCUAAUAAGUUCCUCUGUCCUGUCUAAGGAUAUUUUUGCUCUAAUCCUGCGUUCUCUUCUCGUGCUUUUCCUUGGCAAAUCAACUAAGCUUCAAGAGGCAAGAGUUGGAUCCAAUUCAACAAGUAUCAUUGAAGGAACGUUUUAUCUAGGUUCUUCAGAGAAUUUUGACGCAUAUUUGGCUGAGCUUGGGGUCAACUUUAUACUUAGAAAUCUAGCUUCUUUAGCUAAACCUACAGUAACUAUAGAUAGGAGAUGUACAGCUGACAGUACAAGCAACUGUACCUGGAGUAUAUUUACAGAAACACCGUUCAAGACUCAUAGUAUUAAAUUCAAAUUAGGAGAACUGGUUGAUGAUCUCACAAUGGAUGGCCGGGUUACCAAAUCUAUUUUUACGUUGGAAGACGACAAUACUCUAUUGGAACACCAGAUUGGUAAAGUUAACACGACCCUACGGAGAUAUGUAGACGACGAGAAAAUGAUAGUUACUUUAUAUGUAAACAACGUUGUGGCCAGCUCUACCUUCCCUCGUGUCAAGGUUCUCCAAGACAAGGAGGGGGGUCCCCAGGGGGGUCAUCAGGGAGGUCACCAGGGACAAGAAGGACAUGGAGAUCAACAGCAUGAAGAAGAAGAGGAAGGUUACGAAGAUAUUGCUGAUAUUGAAGAGGAUUUAGAUGACAUGUUUUAAAAGUUUAAAAACAGGUUUUCCCUUCCAACUUUAUCUAACAUUUACUGUCCAUUUUUCACGAAUAUCUAAUUGCUAUUUGUGCGGAAAUUCCGCAAACAUUUGUGCAAUCAUACGAAAAUUGCCUACCAAUUAUACCGUGCCAGUCAUGUAUAUUGCUUGCGCCCCAGAAUUUGAUCCGAAUUUUUGCGCGCAAUGAAGCGCCAAAAUUGCGACACAAACAAAUAUUUGCAUGCAAAAUGCGCGCACAUUCCGAUUAACUUCAGAUUUAAUUUAAAGUGUCCCACAAGCAGAGCUUUCAAGCAUACGAUUUUCACAUAUUUUCUACCAGAAAAAAAACAUGGCAUAAGCUUUUUUCACGUAAACUUUCUGAGCAGAAUUUCAAAAUGGCAAUGCUUCAUAAAUAUUACUUCAUAAAAUAUUUGCCAGGAAAUGCAUUUAUUGCAGUUUUUAUUUUUAAAAUCAUUCUGCAAACAAAGCAGUAAAGUUUAAUAAUGAUGAGACAUUAGAAUUUGCAAAUAUUUGCAGUACGAACUAAAAAGUUUGCAUUGCAAAUUGUUAAAGUUAUCUUGUGUUAUUAUACUAUCUAUUUUGAAUUUAAAGAUAGAGAAAGCGCGACAUACGAAGCAAUAUUAAAAGAUAUGUUUUUCACUUGCAAUUAGGGUCGUUACAAAUGGACAAUACCAGAUUUGUACUUGCUUCUUUUUGUCAAAGGCUUUCCAACUUCCAAGAAGCUAAACAUUUUGGUAUCCAUGCGUGGCGGGCAGUUCUACUUACAGGGCCUGUAAGUGUACUUUUAAGCGACUCUGAACGAUAAGAAAGGAAUAUCCUUGGUUUAAAACUGGAGUGUCACUUAAAAUUACACUUACAGUCCCUUUAAUCAGAUUUGGUUUGAUUUACGUAUGCGUUCAGCCCUUAAACUCUUUUUAGUUAGUUCCGAAAAAGGAUUUUCUAGUUUUGCACAUUUGAAAUUUCCUUAUAGUGGAAAGUGUUUUAAAACAAUCACAAAAUUAAAUGUCAUAAUUGUAAUUUUACACUAGAAUAUUGAAUUAAAAAUAUAUGUUCAUCACCGAAAAUGAAAAAAAAAACUGAUGAAAGUUCCAAUCUAAUGUUGGAUUUGGCUGUUAAAGCUAGGAUGUAUCAUGAGAAAAAUUGUACAUAUUAUAUAUAUUAGUAAUUCUAAAUGUAAUAAAUUCCCUCCAGAGAGGCGAGAGUUUAAGCCAAAUAUGAUUUAAGUUCGGUUUCCAACGUAAUUACGAUUUUACUUACAAUUGAAAUUACUUGUAGUUACGCAAAAUUAUUUCAAUUUCGCAGAGUUACGCGUUAUUUUAUACAGGGUGUCCUAAAAAAACCUUUCCAGUAAGGGUAUUGGGUUCUGAAGAAACAGUUUUUAUUCGAUUUUCACAAAAAAGGUAUUGUUAAAAAAUUCUUUAUUUUAGCUAUUUCAAGAUAUACAUUUUUCUGGGUCAUUAAAAGGGGGCCCCGGUGGCAAAACGCCCUAAAACCUUAAUGUUAAAUGAUUGAAAUACAUUUAAAGAAAUGAUACGUUAUAAACUGAUCGAUUUCGUAUUACAUAAUUUUACGUAAAUACGCUUUAAAUUCGCGAAACUAGACUUUCGUUCAUUCACGUAAUACACGCGUAAUUUCGCAUAAUGCUCGUGCAUCACUGACUGGAAACCCUAUAGGUCUUUGAGUUGAGUAAUUUAUUUGGAAACUAUAUUAUACUUAAUGGAACUCGCUGUGUACUUAUUAGUGAGCCUUUUUUUUAAAUUAUAUAUGUUCGAUGAACAACGGUACCCUUUAAGAAUAUGUCAUACCAACCAUGAUAGAGUUUUUCUUGAAUUUCUAUCUGAAAAUUAAUUUUUUAAAUUGCAGUUUAUUAGCUAGAAUGAAUUGCGGAUUUAUGCAGAAGAGACAAGGAUGAAAAUUUUGAAUCGGGCCGGUAAUGCUUUAAUCUUAGGGUCACUUGAAGUACAUCAACUGCAGUCCCCUAGUCCCCUUGUGGAAUAAAAAAACCUUUUUAUGACGCAAAUACACAAUUUUAGUAGAUACUGAUUUUAAGUCUGGGUAAACAGCUAACUUAAUUAGUAACUUUGGCUAAAACUUUUGGCUCAACUCUUAAUGUGAUGAUAUUAUAUUCAAACAUUUGUAUAUAUAUGCACUGUUUAUUAAUAUAUGUUAAUAUAUGUUUAAUCUA